CAGAAGUAGAAAAAAAAAACAGUAGAAGAAGACGGAGAAGGAGGAGGAUUGGAUGAGAACCGUGAACGCGCAUGCGCCACAGGAGAGUUUUGCGGCUCUGCAUCCAGGCAGCAGCUGCAGUUUGAGAGAGGAGGCGACAGGAGCAGGUGAGAAAAAGGAGAAACAGGGGAAGAAAACAACAGGAGGAAAACUUUGAAGCACUUCUAACUCGGACACGGAGCCGCUGGUCUCGUGUCUUCUGCUAAGACUUCGUGUGUUUAGAGACGCCAAGGUUCUGGAAAAGACGCAGGAAGUUUCCUGCUCGAGCAUACUGCCUGAAGCCGACUCACUUUUUAAAAACACUUUACAUCUUUUUCAAAUAUCUUUACGAACACCGUGGAAGAUUUUUUCUUUUACAAUAUUUUUGGACUCUGAACUGCGAGGGUUUUGGGACGUAUUUUCCGCAGAAUGGAAAUUAAAUUAACAAGUCGUUUGUGGCGUGGACCAGCGCGUGGAUUGUUGCUCAGGUAAAGACUCCACUAAUAAAAUCAAAACGAAUCCAAACGCGCUAUGACCUGAGGCGCGUCACAAUCUGGAUUAAUAAAACAUCUAUUUGUGCUUUGGGUUGUGAUCGGGAUCAGCUUCACUUCCUCCAGAACUGUCAAAUUAUCUCAAGACGAUACUAAUUUGAAAGGAGAAGAAGAAUACCAUUGUUCUUUUUUUUUUCCAAAAAAAAAAUAGUUUCCACAGACUUGUACACAGCAACUCCGAGGCUUCGAAGAAACUCAAAUCGCUGACGAACUGUCAGUUUGGACUUUUCCUGCUCCAGUCAUACACCUUAAGGACAAAGAGCAUUAAAGACUUUAAGGACUUUAACGAGUUCUGUAGGGACUUUAAUAAAGCACUUUCCAAGAGAUAGAACCUUCCGAGAGGAGGGGGGAAACUCAAUCCACCUGACCUGCACUGGGAUUAUCAGUUUGGUAUCAUCUGCAACAUAAAGUGGAUUACACCUUCUAACAGACCGCAGUUUGAUCCUAGAUAUCAUCAGCAUGAACCUGGUCUCGGUGUGUACUCGUGGUCUGAUCUCCUGCUGGCCUCAUGGCAGCGUCCUGGACUCCAGAAACUGCGUCUUUGCGCUGACGCUGCUCACUCUGCUCAUGCAGGUGGUGGUGGAGGCCAACUCCUGGUGGUCUCUGGCCAUGAACCCUCUACUGAUCCCAGAGGCCUACAUCAUCGGCGCUCAGCCCCUGUGCAGCCAGCUGGUGGGUCUGUCCCAGGGCCAGAAGAAGCUGUGCCAACUCUACCAGGACCACAUGCAGUACAUCGGCGAGGGCGCUAAGACCGGCAUCAGAGAGUGCCAGCACCAGUUCAGACACCGUCGCUGGAACUGCAGCACAGUGGACAACUCCUCCGUGUUUGGGCGAGUCAUGCAAAUUGGCAGUCGAGAAACGGCGUUCACCUACGCCAUCAGCGCAGCAGGCGUGGUAAACGCCGUCAGCCGUGCCUGCAGAGAGGGGGAACUCUCCAGCUGCGGGUGCAGCCGUGCCGCUCGUCCUAAGGAUCUGCCCAGGGACUGGCUGUGGGGCGGAUGCGGCGACAACCUCAUGUACGGGUACAGGUUUUCCAAGGAGUUUGUGGAUGCCCGGGAGCGAGAGAAGAGCUACCCCAAGGGCACGUACGACAGCGCCCGACAGUCGAUGAAUCUCCACAAUAACGAAGCUGGACGCAGGACUGUCUCAGACCUGGCAAAUGUGUCCUGUAAGUGCCACGGUGUGUCCGGCUCCUGCAGCCUAAAAACCUGCUGGCUACAGCUGGCCGAUUUCCGUAAGGUUGGCGACGCCUUGAAGGAAAAGUACGACAGCGCCGCUGCCAUGAAGCUAAACGCCAAGGGGAAACUUGUGCAGAUGCACAGCAAGUUCAACGCCCCCACCAACCACGACCUGAUCUACAUCGAGUCCAGUCCAGACUACUGCCUAAAGAACCAGAGCACGGGCUCCCUGGGCACGGUGGGUCGCCUGUGCAACAAGACAUCAGAGGGCAUGGAUGGGUGCGAGCUGAUGUGCUGCGGCCGUGGUUACGAUCAGUACAAGGCCCAGAUAGUGGAGCGCUGCCACUGCAAGUUCCACUGGUGCUGUUACGUCAAGUGCAAGCGCUGCACCAAAAUCGUAGACCAGUUUGUCUGCAAGUGAGAAGGAAGGCAGCGACGGCCAGUGUUUGUUUGCAGACGAUGUCUUACAUCUGCGCACGUGUGUUCGUGAUCGGAGCAACAGCGGCGUCACACACAAGUGAAAGAAUGGAAGAAAAAAAAACUAUAUAAAUUAUAUUUAUAGAGUAAAACAAUUAUGUCGUCCGAAAAGACUGACUUUUUUUCAAGGAAAAAAAAAAAAAAGGAAAAAUCUAAUGUCUUUAGAAACUGAGAGUAUCGUGAAAUAUUUAUUUUGAGAUUCCUAUAUUUUGGCCCAGUCAUCACCAGCUGAUUCUCAAUUCCUUCAAGUGAUUCAAAUUGAUGGAGAUGCUCCCCCUGACCGACCUGCAGCAUUUUUGAAAAUUUCAAAACACUUUUUUUUUUCUUUCUUUUUUUUUUUGUCACACGGAUCAAUUUCUUUUGGACCAUGGCUCCAAUGUUCUAGGCGAGAAGUGUUCCACCCGGAAAAAAAAACAGAGAUUCUGUUGGACGCAGUUUGGAGAGGAGAACAUGGAACUAUGGACGUACCUAUCUAAUGGGACCAAUCAAAAACUCAGAAGUCCCCCGCACCCUAGUCUCUUUGUCCCCUCCGGCUUCUGAACGAUCUAGUUGUUGGAGUCCAGUGGCUACAAUCAAGCGUUUGCUUUUUAAGGGCCUUUGUUUUUAUUAAGCUUUCCCACGAGCCUAAAGCCUGAUUUACAGCCGAUCAUAAAACACUUCUGAUAGUGUAGCAUAUUUUAUACCGACGUGUCUCUCGAGGGCAACAUGAGACCUUUAAGUUGCUGAUGUGUAAAAGUUUCCUGGUUGUGUUUUUAAUCCACAGUACAGUAUGUGAAAGCUUUUUUUUUUCUUUUUUCUUGACUAUCAGACCAGUACGUUCUCUUUUUGAUGCUCGAUUUCACUGUCAUUGUGCAAUAUCCACGCGUCCAACUUGCAGUUAUUCACCCAGUAAGACAUUUCCAUGAUAGAAAAUUGCAAAAAUUGACUUCCAAUAUCCAAAAAGCCCACUCUUUCUUUAAUUAUUAUACACCUCCAAGAAACUUUUUUAUGAGUUUGGUUCAUUAGUGUGACCAAGGUUUCAAAAAUCGAUAUUGAGAAGUUCUUAGAUACACAUUUUUUAAUGCGUUUUUUUUUUUUUUUUUGUUCCUUGUUAAAAGUGAAGAGGAGCUCAGUUGUUAGUUGAAGACGAUAUUAUUUUAUUUGUGUAUAUAUUCAAACGUUUGCCUGACAAGUUGUCUUGUUUUUUCAUUCGUGUGAAAAAACUGGUUGUAAAUCAGGCUUUAGCGCCUCCCCCAGGUGCUGCAUCAAGCCCUCCACCAUUGUGCACUUUUAAUACAGAGUCUGUAUGUGUCCGUUUGGCUGUAUUUUUUUUUUUUUUGUUUUUUUUUUUUUUUUUGUUUUUUUACUCCAGUGCAUCAGCAAAAAUAUAUCUGUAAUAUUAUAGCUUACAUUCUUUUCCAUAUUAAUUCAGAUUAUCCAUUUAACAUAACAUUAUUCUACAAUACGUAUCAUGGUUUGAGUAUAUAUGGGCAACAAUGUGGUUACAGUGGUGAAAUAUUCAGUGCUCUGUGUGUAUAUAGUAUGUCUAUCCAUCCAAUCAGUAAAAAUUGUAUUUAUUUUUUCAGACCAGAUUUCCGAAAAAAAAAAAAAGCAAGAUCAGUACAUAUAGAAAGUUCCAGUUGUUAUAGAAGAAAACAACAACCUUCUUGAACCACAUGCUAGCUUGUUUAGCUAGCUGGCGAAAUGUUCCCUAAAUACAUCAAAUAUAAGAAUAUUAGAAUAUGACACUUUAAUGUGUAAAGAAUCACGUUCUAUCACGUUUUUUUUUUCUUCUUCGAGGAAACAAACCCAUCUUUUUAUUUCUAGAGUUAGCGUCUUCCUGUUGGUGCCAAAAUCAUUUGUUCUGUUUGGGUGGUCAGAAUAGACAGACAAGACGUGACAAAGAGCAGCAGGUUGUUGGUUUGAAAGACAUUGCAUGUGAAAGGAAAGGUAUAAACAGACAAUAACAUAAUCAGUGGUUCAAGAUGUGCUUUAAAAAGUAAAAAAACAAGACCUGAAAUGACUGGGGGUUGGGGGGCGUCUCCCAAACAUUUCUGUCAUGUUGCGUACAAAAUAACACAGCUUUUACACACACGAUUUGCGCUGUCAUUGGUUAAUGCAAUUGGCGUAUCGGAGGAGAUUAUGUUAAUUUUUUCUUGUCAGUCAGAGAUUUUUUAUAAGCUUUUAAAAUGUUUCUAUUUCUUUUUUUGGUGUUUUUUUUUUCUAUCUUUACACUAUGAACAAAAGGUACAUUCACAUCCACGCAUGACAAUUGUUAAACAAAAUAAUUAAGAUUUUGAAAUCAGGAUCCACAAAAACAACUGGGACCAACUACUGUAUAUGCUGAUCUUGUUUUCAGAGUCACUCCCCACCCUCUCUCCUUUUCUUUUUUUUUUUUCAAAGAAAAUUAUUCCCACUGUUUUGGCUCUUGGAUUCUUUCAAAGGGAAAAGCACCUUAUUGUUUCCAGAAACACAUUUUAUUUUUGUUUUUCUUUUGUCACUGCUUCACUGUUUCCCACACAUCACAGAUUUCUAUCAUUACCACGAAAACUUUCGAAACCACUCAUUUCACUGCUCACUAUCCCUGUGAUGAUUUUUUACUUCAGUAGACGAAACACUUUCUACCAAAUCCAACUUUGUAUAUUUAUAAGCUUCUCAGUGAGUUUAAGGUUUGUUAUAGCUGAUAUUUUGUUACUUUUACGAAUUGGCUCAAUGUUGUACUUUGUUUCAAUAAAUAUCAAACAUAAGACCA